AUGGCCUCGUCGACGGGGUACACGACCCCCGCCUCGCCUUCAUCUUCCGAAGCAGCCCAUUCGCUCACGUCGUCUCUCCUGCGAGCGCGCCCGUACCGCUUCGCAACCCAGGUCGCAACAGUCGACAACCCCGACCCUUCGCACAAGGACCAGUAUGGCGCUUCGAGUGUGCCUAUCUACCAGACGGCGACGUUCAAGGGCAUGGGUGGCGCUUACGACUACACAAGGUCGGGGAACCCGACGAGGAGUCACUUGGAACACCACAUCGCCAAGAUCUCAAAUGCCCGCCACGCCUUCGCCGUUACGUCCGGCAUGGGCGCACUGGACGUCAUCUUCCGCCUGCUGAAGCCUGGAGACGAGAUCAUUGCCGGCAACGACUUGUACGGCGGUUCGAACCGCCUUAUCGGGUACCUCAAGGCGCACGGUGGCGUCACGACUCACCACGUCGACACGACCAAUCCCAAGUCGCUGUUGCCUUACCUCGAGGACCCCUCGCACAACGUCGCCAUGGUCUUGCUUGAGUCGCCGACGAACCCGCUCCUCCAGAUUGCCGACCUCGAAGAGAUCGCCCGCCUGACGAAGCGGUACAGGAAGGACGCCAUCAUCGUCGUCGACAAUACGAUGAUGAGCCCGUACCUCUGCCGUCCGCUCGAGCUCGGCUGCGACGUCGUCUACGACUCCGGAACGAAGUACCUCUCGGGGCACCACGACCUCAUGGCCGGCGUCAUCUGCUGCGACCGUGACGACGUUGCCAAGGGCAUCGCCUUCACCAUCAACUCGAUCGGAAACGGUCUCUCGCCGUUCGACUCGUUCCUCCUUCUCCGCGGUGUCAAGACCCUGUCCCUCCGCAUCGACAAGCAGCAAGCCAACUCGAUCCUCAUCGCCGAGUACCUCGCCAACCUCGGCUUCAAGGUCAACUACCCGGGCCUCAAGGGCCAUAAGGGCAAGGAGGUGCACGACCGGAUUGCCAAGGGUCCUGGCGCCGUCUUGAGCUUCGAGACUGGCGAUGUCGCGCUCAGUGAGAGAAUCGUCGGCAGCACGAGGCUGUGGGGAAUCAGCGUUUCCUUCGGCUGCAUCAACAGUCUGAUCUCGAUGCCUUGCCUCAUGUCUCACGCCUCGAUCGACCCGGCUGUCCGUGCCGCUCGCAACCUUCCCGAGGACCUCAUCCGUCUCUGCGUGGGUAUCGAGGACCCGGCGGACUUGAUCGACGACCUCGAGGCCGCGCUGCUCGAAGCUGGAGCGGUUCGCGUCGUCGACGAGGGAAUGGGCGGACGGGCGAGGCUUGAACGAAUUGUCCAGGAUGGCGAGGGACGGGUGGUUGAGUUGGCGAACGGGACGCUGCAGGGUGAGGAGGCGCAUGGCGCUGCGCAGGCAAAGCUUCAGAAGAUCAUCACGAGCGCACCGGGCAAGGUCAUCCUGUUUGGCGAGCACGCGGUCGUUCACGGCGUGACCGCCAUCGCCGGCGCCAUCGACCUGCGAUGCUACUGUCUCGCCGAGUCGCGAUCAGACGGCCAGCUCUCGCUCGUCCUUCCGGACCUCGGCUACUCGCAGACGUGGGACAUCGCCUCUCUCCCCUGGGACAAGGUCGGCGCUCUCUCGUCCACCGUCCUCAAGUCUGGCCCGAAGUCGGACGCCAUCCCCGACCAGGAGCUCCUCACUCUCCUCGCAAACCAGUUCGUCCACCAGGACAAGCUCAAGGCUGUCCAGGCUGCGCAGGCAUUCCUCUACCUCUACCUCCACCUCGCCGUCUCUUCCGGCAUCAAGCCCGCCCAGACGUACACCGUUCGCUCGGGCCUGCCCAUCUCGGCCGGUCUCGGCUCGUCGGCCGCCUACUCCGUCGCCGUCGCCUCUUCUCUCCUCUACUCGCAUGGCAUCCUCCCUGCUCCCGCCUCCUCCCCUUCCGCCGACUCGACUAUCCCCCUCGAGCACGCCAACAUGGUUAACUCGUGGGCCUUCCUCGCCGAAAAGGUCAUUCACGGCACGCCCUCCGGCGUUGACAACACGGUCGCAACGCUCGGCGGUGCGAUCGCGUUCCGGCGGGCGGUCAAGGGCCGCGAGGGGAGUAUGGACGUCCUCAAGGGCUUUGACAAGGUCGAGUUCCUGCUCACCGACACCAAGGUCCCGAGGGACACGAAGACGCUUGUUGCGGGAGUUGCGCGGCGGAAGCUCGAGGAACCCGACACGAUCAACCCGCUCCUCACCUCGAUCCAGCGCAUUUCGGACGAAGCGCAGGCAUGCCUCUCCUCGACCACCCUGUCCCGCUCUGAGCAGCUCGACACGCUCUCUCGCCUCGUCGAGCAGAAUCAUCAGCACCUCGUUUCGCUCGGCGUUGGUCACGUCGCACUCGAGUCUGUCCGGAGUAAGACGAAGGAGCAGCCUUGGGGACUUGCGACGAAGUUGACUGGCGCGGGCGGUGGCGGAUGUGCCGUGACAGUCGUUCCUGACGGCUUCCCGGAGGACAAGCUCACGGCGUUGCGAGCGGCUCUCGCCAAUUCGGGCUUCGAGACCUACGCGACUUCGGUCGGCGGCCGCGGCUUCGGCGUCCUCAUUCCCGCACACGCCAGCCAGCUCGAGACGGCUGAGGGCGGCGUCGAGCUGAGUGCCAGCCCGCAGCAAAAGCGCUUCGAGGAGGCGCAGACGGAGGAGCUCGGUCGGUGGGCGGAGGAGGCGGGCGUCUGGGUGUGUGCAUAG